AUGGCGGCGCAGGUGGGACCUUUACCACAGCUUAAGCUGCCAUCAGGCCCAACUCCCAUCACGGCAGAGCAGCGAUACUGGAAGACCUUCAAGAACCAGCUGCUUAUUCCUUCGCCGACCAGCUACCCAAUCACCCACAUCUCGUACAACAGCGACUCUUUCGCGGUCACCACGGGAACCCGCGUCCAGAUUUACUCGAACAGGACCCGAAAGCUCCUCAAGAGCAUCACCCGCUUCGGCGAUGUCGCGCGCAGCGGAGAGAUCAGAAGAGAUGGAAGGGUGCUGGUUGCGGGCGAUGAUACGGGCAAGAUCCAGGUGUUUGACGUGAACUCGCGUGCGAUCCUCAAGACGUGGACCACCCACAAGCAGCCCGUCUGGGUCACCAAGUUUUCGCCGACGGACCUCACGACGCUUCUCAGCGCAAGCGACGACAGAACCGUGAGGCUCUGGGACCUGCCGAGCAACGAACCCACCACGACCUUUGUCGGCCACAAUGACUACGUGCGCUGCGCCAACUUCAUGCCUGGAACCAUGUCCAACAUGAUCGUCUCGGGCAGCUACGACUCGACGGUGAAGCUCUGGGAUCCCAGGACGGGGAACAAUACUGCCGUCAUGACUUUCAAGCAUGCUGCCCCGGUGGAGGAUGUGCUCUCGCUACCAUCAGGAACCACGGUCCUUGCGGCCGCAGAGAACUCUGUCAGCGUCCUGGACCUGGUUGCAGCCCGCCCCCUGCACAUGAUAACCAACCACCAGAAGACUGUCACGUCUCUUAGUCUGGCAUCCGGCGGUCGCCGCCUCGUUACUGGUGGCCUGGAGGGGCACGUCAAGGUUUUCGAGACGACAGGGUGGAACGUCGUGUUCAGCACAAAGUACCAGUCCCCCGUCCUGUCAGUGAACGUGAUCCCGUCAAGCGAUGGCGUGGACGCGGAUGAUCGCCACCUCGCCGUGGGUAUGCAGUCGGGAGUUCUCAGCGUGCGCACCCGUAGGACGGGUGCCGAGGCAACUCGCGAGCGCGAGCGUGAGAAGGAGAUGGCGGCUCUGGUAGCAGGAACCAUAGAUGCUCAUGAUGCGAAGAAAUCGAAGCGCAAGCGAAGAGUCGCCGCAUCUCAACGGCUGGACCUUGUCGGCGAGGGAGCCGACGUCGUCAUCGCAAACGAGCCACGCGCAUUCAAGACGAAGGAGCGCGGCUGGCAGAAGGACCUCCGUCACGCCAAAUAUUCCCGGGCCCUGGAUCUGGUGCUGGACAAGCAAUCUCCAGAAUACUCGUCUCUCAAUGUCCUCACAUUACUCCUGGCUCUUCGCCACCGCAGCGCCCUUCGAGAAGCUCUCGAAUCACGAGAUGAACAGAGCGUGCAGCCGGUGCUGAAAUGGGUAUGUGGGCACAUAUGCGACCCUCGGUACGUGAGUGUUUGCGUCGAGGCAGGCCUGCACCUUCUGGAUCUCUAUGCCGAGUUUGUUGGCGGUUCUACAGAGUUGUACGAGGGCUUCCGCACAUUAAGUCGGAGAGUGUCGAACGCGGUGGAGACGGCGCAAAGUGCCUGCCAAACAACCGGUAUGCUGGAGAGCUUGAGUGCCGGUAUGCUAUGA